UGGUCUGAAAGUCGGAGGCCUCGUUUUCUGAUUGGUCGUCUUGAGCGCCAGUUUCUCCCCGCGCGGAUGACCCGGAAGUAGCUCCGGGAACCGGAGUUCCGCGUGGAUUCGCCUCCCGGGGCGGCUCGGCUUCGCGCGGCCGCCGCGAUGACCAAGAUAAAGGCCGACCCGGACGGGCCGGAGGCGCCGGCGGAGGCGUGCUGCGGGGAGCGCACCUACCACGAGCUGCUGGUCAACCUGAACCCCAUCGCGCAGCCGCUGGCGUCCCGCCGCCUCACGCGCAAGCUCUACAAGUGCAUCAAGAAGGCCGUGAAGCAGAAGCAGAUUCGGCGCGGGGUGAAGGAGGUGCAGAAGUUUGUCAACAAGGGCGAGAAAGGGAUCAUGGUUUUGGCAGGAGACACACUGCCCAUAGAGGUGUACUGCCAUCUCCCAGUCAUGUGUGAGGACCGCAACUUGCCCUAUAUCUACAUCCCCUCUAAGACGGACCUGGGUGCAGCCGCAGGCUCCAAGCGCCCCACCUGCGUGAUAAUGGUGAAGCCCCACGAGGAAUACCAGGAGGCCUACGACGAGUGCCUGGAGGAAGUGCGGGCCCUGCCCCCACCGCUGUGAAGGACUUGGGCAGCACCCUGGGCACCUGCUCUGGAAGCUGCUGGGCUGGUGGCGGGCCAACUGGCUGCCCUCCCGCCACCCACACUGGCAGCUUCUUCCUGUCUCCCCGAGGCACGCCGUCUUCUCAGGCAGCUCCAGCAGCUCUUCUCCGUCCCUGCUGCUUCCUGUUGAGCUGAAGUGACUGGUUCCAAGAAUGCAGAGCGGGGAAGUAAAUGCUAUGUCUAAACUGUA